CCAUCUUUAAGGACAUGCCAUGACAAGAAAAUGUCAGGGUCAAGAUAUGCAGCUCGAAUGGCAAGGCUUUCUGCAAAGAUCUUUGGAGAAGUUAGCCCAACAGAUACCAAAUUAUCAAGAAAAGUUGUAGAUUUAAUGAGCAAGCCAUACUAUCAUGAACAACCAGAGGUUGUGAAUUAUUACCCAAAACAUUUUGAAGUGACUAGGCUCAUGAAAACUCUCAGGCAUUUUGGUUUAUUCAGGAGUGAACAUUUAGACUUUACAGAAGAAAUGGAAAGAUUAAGAAAAUUACGUGGCAAAGGAAAACCCACAAGAGAUGCGAGAAAAAGGAAAAAGGAAGAAUAAAAUUAUUAAAUUUAUUAAAGUUUGUUGAAUUUAUAAAUGAUUACAGAUUAUCAUUAUGUAUCUUAAAAAUGUAUGUAUGUCAAUUUGUCAAAGGGUAACCAUUUCACCAUUAAUUUUCAACCUCAGAGGAUCAAGUUUGAGGUCGAAACUUUGUCAGCAUGAUAAAAAUCAGUGUUGUUAAUCAUCAUUGCGCAUAAAACAAAGUGAGGAGAU